ACAGAUGGGUCUUUCGGAGGUAAGAGCACAGGAACCUUGCUGUUUCAGAUGAAAUGUGCAGCUCGGGUUUUUGUUUGGAAGAUUUGCGACAUGGGCUGAGCUCCUGUGAUGACUCUUUUCUCCUGAAAGCUGUUGAAUCAUCCGAGGAUGGACGACGGAGACGGAUAAAACCCUAACUUCUCUGACAGACUGUAAUUCAAUAUCGUCACCUUUACUCGCGGAAAGUGCGCACGCACUGGCACCGAAUGACACCGGAGCUUUUGAGCGCACCAGACUGGAACUGAAGCGUCGGCCAAAUUUCCAGUCCCUAAAUUUGAGGUUUUCACGGCGGAGUUUGGUUAGUGUGUGACACCAUUUGGCGUUCAGAAGCAGUUUUCUCAAGUACUGGCUCAAAAAAAAAAAAAAACACAGUUCCUUUUAGAUUUCUUAACUUAAAUGUAGACUCUAAAUAAUGAUUGACAAUGCAUCUGUAUGUGUCUGGGUUUGAAAUAGGCAGGCGCAUGUAUGAACCAUGUUAUAAAUUACCUUAGCAGAAUACAAGUGAAGUCAGCAGAUGUGGUUUUCCUUUUCCACGUGAAGUGGUUUUGACUAAAAUACCCUGUUAGAACCGGAUAUUGGAUUUUUUUGGGGCUGUGGACGCAUCGGUUUAACCUUCAAGUCUAAAUCCUAAAUCACUUUACGCACACAUUUGUUCGUGCUUGGCUUUGAGACUCAGCUUUAGUCCCAACCCGCCGCAGUGACCUUGGCCGCUGCAGCUGGAUUUCCCUGCGUCCCUCCGUCUCCUCACCGGACAAUGUGGCUCCCCCGCCUCGCGCUGCUGCUGCUGCUCCGGUUCUCCGGUGUGUUGCCGGUGGAGGGGCUCAACACGUGCCAGUCCAUCAACCUGGACGCGCAGAAGUCCCGGCGCAUCGAGGCGGUCCGCGGACAGAUCCUCAGCAAGCUCCGCAUCCGCAGCCCGCCGGACGAGGACAAGGCACCGUCGCCUGGCCCGGUGCCCCCGGAGGUCAUGCUUCUGUACAACAGCACGCGGGAGCUGCUGAAGGAGCGCGCGCGUCUGGCCGAGUCCGCGUGCGAGCGCGAGAGCAGCGAGGAGGACUACUACGCCAAGGAGGUGCAGAGGAUUGAUAUGCUGCCCCCCCGCACCGACACUAACACGGUGCAACCAGUAGCACCCAACCCCCACUACAGAGUCGUCCACUUCGACGUCAGUGGCGUCGACCUGACCAACAGCACCCUGGUCAUGGCCGAGUUCAGGAUCUUCAGAGCUCCCAACCCGCAGGCCCGGGCCUCAGAGCAGAGAGUGGAAAUCUAUCAGCUGCUGAAGCCAGAUGAAGAGACAACCUCCACUCAACGUUAUAUUGACUCCCGCACCGUUCAGCCCAGGGCAAAGGGAUCCUGGAUCUCUGUGGAUGUCACAGAAACCAUUAAGGACUGGUUGUCAGAUCCAGAGAAUAAUCUUGGCCUGAAGCUGGGCGUCCACUGUCCCUGCUGCACCUUCGUCCCGUCCACCAACAACAUCGUUCCCAACAAGAGUGAGGAGCUGGAGGCCCUGUUUGCGGGUCUGGAUGACGAACAGCUUCGUCAGCUAAGAAAGCCCAGUCAGGUUAAAGGCCAGGCGGAUUUCAGCACCAAGACACCGCACCUCAUCCUCACCUUGCUGCCCAGUGACCGAGUCGACAACCCGGCAAAGAAGAACCGCAAGAAGAGGGCAGCCGCCACAGACACCACAACCUGCUCCCGUGGCUCAGACCAGGGCUGCUGCCUGCGCUCACUCUACAUCGACUUCAGACGUGACCUCAACUGGAAGUGGAUCCAUGAGCCCAAAGGUUAUAAAGCUAACUUCUGUGCUGGCAACUGCCCUUACCUCUGGAGUGCCAACAACCACUACAACAUGAUCCUGCCCCUGUACAACAAGCUGAACCCUGAGGCCUCUGCAUCGCCCUGCUGUGUUCCUCAGGACCUGGAGCCCCUCACCAUCAUGUACUUCAUUGGCCGCACACCACGUGUUGAGCAACUCUCCAACAUGGUCGUCAAAUCCUGCAAAUGCCGCUGAGGGAAGCGAGUUCAGAGGAAGAGGUGAGGGGGGCAGAGAGGAGGAGAAUGACUACAGGACCAAAGCUACACACUGCUUCGCUCAGGGGGAAAAUAAAGACGAGAGGACAGAUGGAUCCUUUGUUCAUUAAUCUUUGCUGUUUGAUCACCUUUAGCAGAUAUUCGAGAUGUUAUUUUUUUACUCUACCUGACUCAAAUAUCAGGAUUUUGCUCCCAUUCUUUACAGGCAUGAAACUUGUCAGAUCCUUUUUUUUCAUUCUCUGGAACUUUCCGUCUGAUGUAGGACACUGUAAAUAUGACAACAUAGCUGAAUUAAACCUGUGCUUCGAUAUUAAAAAGGGGGUGUUGUGUGAUUUGGCCACAUUUGGUCUGCCUGCUGCAUAAAAAGGAUUCUUUUUAUCAGACUUUUGGUUCCACCUUGGUCGUGUUCCUGCGGCCGUGGGCAGCUAGACGGGUGCUUGUUUGCUUUAGGGUUGGAAGGUGUUGAUAGGAGGGAGGCGGUUUGGAAAGGUUUGCAGACAGAGACCUUUAGGCGUGGGAGGCAGGGAGCAGAUAGAAAAGAGAGAGAGGAGCUGUGUCCAGGCAGAGGCCCUGCCAGCUCUCUGCGGUCCCGAGCUGAAAUCUGCCCGGCGUAAACAGGAUGUGAAAGAUUUCCAGACACCGACCCGACCACUCACGGAACGCUAGAUUUAAAUGCUCCCCUCAUCUCCUCUGUUUCUCUCUCUGUUGCUCGAGGUUCUGGGAUUUGUGGUGGGAGGGGAGAGGGAGAAAAGAGAGGCUUUGAAAAUGAGACGUGGGAUGAUAGGGCUGUAUUUGGAACAACUACAAGUUUGAAAGGUGGUAUUUUGUAGCCAUAGCAAAUUUGUAACUAUUUGGGUCGGGCUCAAAAAUUCCGUAAUCACACUCGCAUGCUCAUUUUGUGAAUGUGCCUUCAUUAUCUUAUUGUAAAAAGCUGUUGACUCAUUGCUAUUCCUAUGCUGUGAUUAUAUUCUGUCAUACCUAUGUUUACCAUCAGCCUCACUGAUUCACUUACUCACGCACACACACACACACACACACACACACAUGCCACACACACCGAGUCUCUCUCUCUACACCAAGU